AUGAUGGCUGUCUCCAAGCGUACUACGCAUAACUUUCCCAACCGCAGGCAAACGUGGCAGGAGCUCAAGUGGAGCUACGAGUGCCAUGCACCUUGAAGUGCCAGAACCAACGCCAUGUCAUUUACAAUAAGCACAAGAGCAACAGCAGCAGGGCAGGGCAGAGCAGAAGGAUGGGCUCACAGCAACAAAGCAUGUGGUUUGCCUUGCCACGCAAAUUUUCAUUAGCGUUGCGCGCGUAUAAAUUAGGAAAAUGAAGCAGCCGCAAUAACAGCAGCAACGGCAGCCACUUGAGUGCAGCAGCAGGUUGGGUCUCAGACUGGAGCCUGCCAGUGGGUGGCCUAACCGCAACAACAACAACACGACAACCAAGAGCUAGCAAUUGUAGGUGCUGCGGUCUGUGGCUGCUGUCAGCUUCAAAGUUGUGUGUGGCCUGCAUUAAUUUAUAUUGUUAAGCAUGAGCUAGAAAAAAGCACGCACAACCUGUCCAAAAACAAGGCAAAACCUGGCUUGACAUGUGCUCACAAAUUCAAAACAAAGAAGAAAUCGCGACAGCUAUUUGGCAAGUCUUUAUUAAGUCUUAUUCGCAAACAACUGCAAUUUCAAAAGCCAUGUGACAACACUUGCUUUUGAAACUUAAACUGGCAGCUCUGCCUGCUUAAUGCGUGCAUUUGAAAUUCAGAUGGGCAGCACUGUCUUCGCCGCAGCAUGACAACAGAGAAAAGUGCUAUGGGCAGCACUGCAUUAUAAGCUGCUCACUCACAUAAGCUGGGCAGCACUGUCUGGUAACACUGACAGUCUGCAAUGCAGCUAGGCAGCACUUGGCCAGCUAAAAAGCUUGUGGCAACAUUGCUGCAUUAGGGCUGGCAACGCCGUUUGUGCUGCGUUUAACAACACUGAAAACGAGAGGCAAACUCUGCGCACGCGUUUUGCACUUUUAGCAUUGUUCAAAAUGGAUUUUAAUUUGCAGCACAAAUAUCGCAAAAGUCAAAUAAAUGGCACCAUUUAUGUGACAACAUGCCAGACCCUGGCCGCAGAGCAGCUCGCGGAUCUGGAAUCGGGCGCCGGCGAGCUGUUUCUUACACGCAUUCACAAGCGCAGCACGCCGGAUCACAUCAUGCAGGUGGCCAUCGAACUGGGCGACGUUUAUAUGCUCCGCUUCAAGAUCGAUUUCUCCGGCUGCAGCCGUGGCUACGCCUAUCUGCAGUACAUUGAUGUCCAGCACAAGGCGCUCGCCCUGGAAAUCCUGCAGCAUCGCUUCCGCGUGGCCCGUCUCAAGGUGCAGGUGCGCGAAUCGCGCAAUCGGAAGACCCUGGUGCUCAACAAUGUUAACCACCUGACGCCGCUGCAGGUGCACCAGGAGUUGCGCCUGGUCGGCCACUAUAUCAAGCUCUCCGUCUACGAGUAUCAGCCGCAGCGUUACAUCUAUCUUAUCCUCUAUCGCAAUAACGACGAGGCCGCCCUUGCCCAUCAUAUGCUGCGCACCCGAAUGUCCAAUUUUGGCGCAAAUGCGUUUAUCGAUUGGCUGGACAAGGGUCAGCCGUUGGACAAGGAUCAACCCGUUGACCCAUUGUCGACCGAUUGCUGUGUCCAGCUGCCGCGCAACGGCCACGCCUUGGACCUGGAGCAGCUGCAAAAUGUGCCCGAUUGCAUUUGCUUUAGGAUUUGAGUGCAAUAUAUGAUGGAAGAUUCUUGUGAGUGUCCUCUAAUUGAAAAAAAAAACAACUGCAAUUAUACUUUUCUUUCCUUUGUGAUUAUAAAUAUUCUGGGUGGCCCGUCAAGCCCGCCUCCA